AUGGCUGACGAGAUUGCCCGCGUGAAGAGUAGCUCAUCGCGCCGCGACGAUGGCGAAGCCCACUCUUCCGAUCGACACCAUCACCGUCACCGAGAUUCUAGCCGGAGGCACAGGGAAAAUAUCGACAACGGGGCAAGGGAGCAUGGCAGUCACAGUAGCCACAGAGACAGAAAACCGGACGAAAAGGAUCGUCACAGAGACAGGGAUGAUGGCAGACACGGACAUCGAGAUGAUCGUCAUCGCAGCAGUCAUCAUCGCUCCUCUAGAACGCAACACAGGCAUCGUGAAGAGGAGCGCGGCGAGCGCAAGAGGAGGCACAGCGAUGAAGACUUGGACGACAGACAGAGACAUGGGAACAAAAAAAAACAUGGCCGCCACCACCGCGAACGAGAUGAGUCGAACUAUGGAUCCUCGAGCUACAAGGACCGGAACGCCCAAGGUCAAGACGGAUCGCAUGCACAAGACAAACAAACUACAACCGAUAUUGUCCCCACCUCCGGAUCACUACCAUACACAUCUCAUGAUUCGUACGACUCAGAAAAGGAGGUUGAAGUUGCACCUGCUAGGACGCUCAAACGGGACGAUUGGAUGAUGGGCGGCUUCGGCGAUGAACGACACGAUUCAGAGCAGCAUCCCGACGAGUUCAGCUACUUCUCUUCUCUCGGCAAAGCCCGUGUCAAACCUCUUCGACCUGAAAAGCCAGACCCGGAAAAACUCAAGAUCAGCUCACGAGAGCUGAAUACGCAGCUUCGCGAAGGAAAAACGGUCGACGAGUACGAGGUUCCAUCCAGUGCCACAGUUGCUCCGCAGUAUGGAUCACCUGGGUACCAAUGGCGUAUGAUGAAGCUCAAGCGCACAAUGGAGGCCGCUGAGCAACAGGGGAGACGGGCGGAAGACAUAGCGCUGGAGAGGUAUGCGAGCUUGGAGGACUUUCAACAGGCGCAAGCCGAGCGGAAGUUUCUCGACGACAGAGAGGGAAGGAAGGAGAAAGGCGGGGAGGUCGGACGAAGCACUCCGACCUUGCAGAGUGUCACGAGGAGGAACUAUCUGCUUGCAAGUGAUAGAGGCGGUGCAGAUGGGGGGGAUUUAUGGCGACCUGGAAGCAGCCAAGCUUUUCGGAGGCCGGGAGAGUCGUCCAACCUAUCUACGCCUCCUCCGGCUCAAUCGAGAGCACCGCGAAGUAUCGGAUUCGAGACACCUUCAUCCAAGCCAGCUACACCCACAGUGAUUCCUAGCAUAUUCACCCCUGUGAUUCAGCGUCGCACAGAAUUGAAGUCGCAGCAACCGCAGCAGGGCGUGGUACUGGAUGACGGCUCGUCCGACCCAGACAGACCCAUCCUCACCCCGGACCAACUCAACAAAUUGCAGGCCAAAAUCAUGCAAGCCGAACUCAUGGGCAGUUGCAAUCUCGACACGCUGCGCUCCGAGUACGACUCUGAAAAGGCGCGGGCCGUAGCACAUCGCUCUGCAGGUGAUCGAGGAGGAGGCUUCGCCGCCUCUACCUCCUCGGUUGUGAAGCACAAUUCUAACUCAAUUGCCGUUCUCCAAGAUGGGGAUAGACAUGUUCAAGUGCUUCCCACGUUGGACGCUCGUGGAAGGAUGUAUGACGUCGGCUCCCUCACGACGCCCGACUCUUCCUCCACAGCACACACUUUGCCCUCGAAAGGCAAACUCAAGUCUCGCGAGGCCUUGGAGGCGCACGAUUCAAGUUCGGCCAACGAUUCGCUAACUCUCUCCGAUCUGGUCCGACAAGAACGAUUCUCCGCUGGACCUUGUUCGCUCAAAGACAUGGACGCCCAACUCGCUCGCAACAUCAUGAGCGACCGCCAGUUCUCGACAGAUCUGGACGAGCAAGAUUCGUCGGUGCAGCGGUACGCCAAUCCUAAGUGGCAGACCGAUGCGCUGAAACGCCAGUUUGCGAUCAACGAUUUUGCGCGCACGCAAAAGGCGUUGGAUCGAUGCCGAUUCUGUUUUCGCGAUCAAGGCUGCACGCCACCACGAGUGACGCUCGUCAGCAGCGGGUAUCGAGCGUACCUGUCAAUACCCGAUCGCGAAGCUGUGACCGGGGCCGAGGAGCAUCUGCAUAUCGUGCCUAUGCAGCACCAUCUGAGCUUGCUCGAAGCGGACGAUGACACGUGGGACGAGAUGAAGAAUUUUCAGAAAUGCCUGAUGCAACUCGCAGCCAAGUCGGGUAAAGCGGUCGUGUUUUACGAGACGCUCACAUCGAUUCGAACGCAGCAACAUGCAGUCAUGGAAGCGGUCAUGGUUCCGAUCGAGGCCAUGCAUAGACUGCCGGGUGUGUUCAAGCAGAGUCUGGGUGAGGUCGGAAGCGAAUGGAGUACACAUCGGAAAGCGAUAGAAUUUUCACAGCAAAGGGCAUUUCGAAGCGCACUCGUUCCGCAAUUACCGUACUUCGCAGUGACGUGGGAUUACGCCUGGAGGACAGGGUACGGUCAUGUGAUCGAGGAUGUGGAGAAAGAACGCGAUGCUGAUGAGCGAUCUGGUUUCGAUGUGGACGAAAUGGGCGCUGGCCUCGGACCAGCGAGAGGCAAGUUGGAUCGCAACUUUGCAAGAGACGUCAUCCGCAGCGUACUGCAAGACCUCGAUGCCGAGAACGAACAAGCCGAAGCAUACGUCAGAUCGUUCGCAAAGUCGAAAACCAGAUCGGACGCAGAGAAACACAGCAUCAAGGCCAAGUUCAAGCUCGAUUGGAACAGUGUAGAUUGGACAAAGAUGAUCCAUAGUGGACACGCCAGUGUCGGUAGGUGA